CAUGUUGAUUACAUUCAUCUGAAACUGAAAAAGUCCCGAUUUUUAAAUUAGGCACUCCAAAAUAUUAAUUUAUUAUUUUAAAGCUUUUGACCUUAAAAUCUUCUGAUAAGAUUCAACAAUUUCUUAAACAGUUGAAAUUGAAAAUAGAUUUUCUAAUAAGAAAGACAACUUGAGACUGUCACAACAACGUCCUUUUUUAACCUUAUUUAUAUAAAAAAAUUUCGCUAUGUUAGCAAGAAAACCUUUGUUUUUAUCACGAUUAAUUCAUAAAAAGAGAUGUUCUCGGUGUUAUACGGCACAAACAAGCGUUGGUGAGGUCGAAAUACCGUUUUCUAAAGGGACAUCUUUGAAUAUAAAAACUGGCCAGUAUGCAAGGUUUGCAGAUGGUGCCUGUGUGGCUACACUGGGGAACACUGCUAUACUAUCUACAGUGGUAUCCAGAGCAAAACAAAGUUCUUCGUCAUUUCUGCCGCUUGUAGUGGACUAUAGACAGAAAGCUGCAGCUGCUGGACGAAUACCAACCAAUUUUCUUAGAAGAGAAUUAGGUCCAACGGAACGUGAAAUCCUAACAUCUCGGCUCAUUGAUCGCUCCCUGCGACCGCUAUUCCCACAGAAUUAUUUCUUUGAUACUCAAAUAGUAUGUAACAUGCUUGCGGUUGAUUCUACAAACCCACCGGAGACUGUUGCUAUAAAUGCUGCCAGUGCGGCUUUAGCACUGUCUGAUGUGCCUUGGAAUGGACCUGUUGGGGCUGUCAGAAUAGGACAAAUAGAUAAUGAAGUAAUAAUCAAUCCAACUCGCAAGGAUCUGCAGAAGUCUAUCUUAAACCUGGUGGUGGCUGCUACCAACAGGAACUUAGUUGUGAUGAUGGAGGGCAGCGCCCAGGACAUACUGCAGCAGGACCUGCUGAAAGCCAUCAAAUUAGGUACAAAAGAAGCCCAGCUUAUAGUCCGAGGCAUAGAGAAACUGCAGAAGACUCAUGGUAAAAUGAAGCGGGCGUAUGAGACGCCGGCGCCUUUGCGCCAAGAAAUAGUGGACGCGGUCAGUACACUGUCUUCUAUGAAGAUCAGGGAGAUACUCAGCGAUUACUCCCACGACAAAAUAUCGCGAGACAACGCGAUAUCGGAACUCAGACAAACAGUCUUAAACCAACUUCGUGAAACGGAGGCCGACGUCACACAGUUGCAAGACUGUUUCAACAACAACCUUAAGAAGAUAUUCCGGGACAUGAUAUUCGAGACUGAUGUACGGUGUGAUGGGCGGCAUCUGGAUGAGCUCAGGAAGAUUAGUUGUCAGGUAUCCCUAUAUGAGCCCUUGCACGGUAGUGCAGUGUUCCAACGCGGGCAGACGCAAGUUCUAUGCACGGUCGCGUUCGACUCCCCAGAGAGCGCGCUCAAGAUGGAUACACUAACUAUGCUUACUAGUGGCAUAAAAGAGAAGAGUUUCUUCCUUCAUUACGAGUUUCCUUCAUACGCGACGGGUGAGGUGGGUCGGACUGGAGCCCCGGGGCGCCGCGAGGCAGGGCACGGAGCCCUGGCCGAGAGGGGCUUACUACCCGUGGUGCCGCAUCAGCCCUAUACUGUCAGGCUAACUGCUGAAGUACUCGAGUCUAAUGGCUCAAGUUCAAUGGCAUCAGUAUGCGGUGGUUCCCUCGCCCUGAUGGACGCCGGGGUAGCUCUGGCAGCUCCCGCGGCAGGAGUAGCGAUAGGUCUGGUCUCCCGACCUGAUCAACAAGGACAAAUCGAGGACUACAGGAUCCUUACUGAUUUGUUAGGUAUAGAAGACUACAUGGGCGACAUGGACUUCAAAGUGGCCGGUACUAAGAAAGGAAUGACUGCGUUACAAGCCGACGUCAAAGUCCCCGGACUACCGCUCAAGAUUGUCAUGGAGUCUAUACAGAAGGCCUGUGACGCUAAGAGCAAGAUCAUCGAUAUUAUGAAUCAGUGUAUUGAUAAACCAAGACAAGGGCACAAAGAUAACAUGCCGGUUAUCGAAGAGAUGGAGGUGGAAGUCCACAAGAGACCGAAGUUGCUCGGCAUGGGAGGGGCCAACUUGAAGAAAUUAUACCUUGAAACUGGUGUACAGGUGACUCCAAUAGACGACAUAAAAUACAGUAUCUUCGCGCCCUCACAAGCGGCGAUGGACGAGGCCCACAGUCGCAUACAAGGCUGGCUGACUUCAGAAAAAACUCCUGAACUGGAGUUUGGAGCUAUAUACAAGGCGAGGGUCGUGGAGGUGAAGGAUAUAGGAGUACUGGUCACUCUCUACUCCGGCAUGACGCCUGCACUUGUACAUAAUACGCAACUUGAUCAUAGGAAGAUAAUGCACCCCUCAGUGCUCGGCCUAGACGUGGGCUCCGAGAUACAAGUGAAAUACUUCGGUCGUGACCCAGUCUCCGGUCAAGUGAGACUGUCGAAGAAGGUCCUUAGCUCCCCGCCACCAGGCGUUGUUAAAAAACUAGAUAAAGUCUAAAUAAAAACUGUGAUAUUUAUUAGGACAUUAUUAUUGUUAAAAUUGUAUUUGUGUGAUGUCAUAUGACGUUGAAUGCUGAGCUAAAAUGAUGACGGUUAUUAAACUUAUGUAAAUUAAAAAUGUACGGUUGCUAGCAGGUCAACUUGGCAUUUCCUUACUUUGUUUCUUACAUUUUUUUUGUUCAUCAUCAACAGCCUAUAAAUGCCCACUGCUAAGCAAAGCUUCAUCUCGC